AUGUAUGAUGGAGCUAAGAUUUGGGUGAGGACAGUAGGAAGGGACUCUGAACACUUCCCGGUUGUGAUGGGGUUGCAUCAGGGGUCAGCCCUUAGCCCAUUUCUGUUUGCCUUGGCAAUCGACGCGUUGACGCGUCACAUUCAAGGGGAGGUUGUGGACGAAGACGUGCGGCUUGAUUCACAAGUCAUUCCUAGGAGAGAAAGUUUCAAGUACCUUGGGUUUGUUAUACAAGGGAAUGGGGAGAUCGAUGAGGAUGUCACAUAUCGUAUUGGGGAGGGAUGGAUGAAGUGGAGGAUUGCUUCCAGUGUUCUGUGUGAUAAGGAUAUGCCACCAAAACUUAAAGAUCCAGGUAAUUCUGAUCGUGUUGGUUUUGAGAGUUGUGUCGGUGUGGCUGGAGACUUCAAGAGUUUGGAGCAAUUGUGGUGUAAGAAGAGCCUUGCAAUAUUCCAGAGCCUGAAGCAAUUGGAGGAUCAGGGAAGCUUUGCAAUAUGCCGGAGUUUGUAG